AAAUCGGCUACUUGGGUCUGUCUCCUCGCCGCCGCGCGCACUUUGUCAAAGUGGGGGCCUGGGUUCCCGCGCGCGGGUGUGAGUGAUGCUCUCCGGGCUUCUUCCGCUUUCACUGUGGCCGUCCCGAACGAGGCCACCUCCUUUUUCCUCACUAAGCCUCCUCCUUCCAUUUCUGGGUUGUUUUCCCCUUGUUCUUGCGUCCGCAUGUGGCCGGGACGCUAUCGUGGAAGCUUCACGCAGGAGUGCUGUUCCCGAGAAGACUCGCCAACCCUACCACCAUGAACGGGGUCGUAAUCCCCCAAACGCCCAUUGCUGUGGACUUUUGGAGGCUGCGCCGUGCUGGAACCGCGCGGCUCUUCUUUUUAUCGCACAUGCACUCUGACCACACGGUGGGCUUGUCUAGCACUUGGGCACGGCCCCUCUACUGCUCCCCAAUCACCGCCCACCUCCUGCAUCGUCGCCUCCAGGUGUCUAAGCAGUGGAUCCGAGCCCUAGAGAUUGGUGAGAGCCAUGUAUUACCUCUAGAUGAAAUUGGGCAAGAAACCAUGACUGUAACCCUUAUAGAUGCCAAUCACUGCCCUGGUUCUGUCAUGUUUCUCUUUGAAGGAUACUUUGGGACAAUUCUCUAUACAGGUGAUUUUCGAUAUACACCAUCCAUGCUGAAGGAGCCUGCCCUGAUACUGGGGAAACAGAUUCAUACUUUAUAUCUUGACAACACCAAUUGCAAUCCAGCCCUGGUUCUUCCUUCCCGACAAGAAGCUACUCGGCAGAUUGUCCACCUCAUUCGACAGUUCCCACAACACAACAUAAAGAUUGGACUCUAUAGCCUAGGAAAAGAGUCACUGCUGGAGCAACUAGCCCUUGAGUUUCGGACCUGGGUGGUAUUGAGUCCUCAACGCCUGGAGUUGGUACAGCUGCUGGGACUCGCAGAUGUGUUCACAGUUGAGGAAGAAGCUGGGCGCAUCCAUGCUGUAGACUAUAUGGAGAUCUGCCAUUCUGCCAUGCUUCAGUGGAACCAGACUCACCCUACCAUUGCUAUUCUUCCCACAAGCCGGAAAGUACGAAGCCCUCACCCAGACAUCCACAUCAUCCCUUACUCUGACCAUUCAUCUUACUCUGAGCUUCGGGCUUUUGUUGCAGCUCUGAGGCCUUGCCGGGUGGUGCCCAUUGUUCGCCAACAGCCUUGUGGAGAGUUCUUUGAGGACAGCUCGAGUCCUGGGCUCCCUAUACUGAUGAUCCCACAUUCUGUGCAGCAAUACAUGUGUUCCUCCCCUAGGGAAACAAAUGUGCGUUGGCAGUUAGAGAGGAGACUAAAGAGGCCAAGAAUCCAAGGUGUUGUGUUUGAAUCCCCUGAGGAAAAAGCCGACCAGGUUAAAGUUGACAGAGACACCAAGCACAUGAAAGAAACCCUCUCACCCUGGCCUGGGGACCUUGAAAAGCUCUGCCCCCAUCCUCUUCGGGCCAGAAAGCAGUUGUUCCCAGACUUCUGCAGGAAAAAAUGUGAUGAGCCAGUCCUUUCUUGUGACUCCAAAAAGAGGGUGACUAUGUUGACUGCCCCAUUGGAAUUUUCAGUGCAAUUACAGCCUGUAGAUGAGUUUAUCUCUCCAGAAACCAAGGAGGAAAUUGGUGUAAGGUCUCACUUGAUACCUAGAAGAGGCAAUGGCUCACCAGCUAGAGGGAACCCAAGUGACUGGAUAGGCUAUGAUUCUCUCCAGUCUCACAUUACCAAAGACACUCAUCUAGCUACUGAGUCCAGGUGCCUGGCACUAAAAUACCUUCUUACUCCAAUGAAUUUCUUCCAAGCAGGUUUCUCUUCCAGGAACUUUGACCAGCAAGUGGAAAAAUACCAGGAGAGUACAGUAUAACAAUCCUAUUGGAUCAGCACUGCAGUUUUGAAAACAGUGGCUGAUGGCUAGUGGCAAAAGUUUGUUUGGUGUCUUCCUUUAUAGAAUCCUGUGCUCACACUGGAGUAGCUCUUCUGAAGUUUGUUUGUGGAGUUCUGGUGCCUAUGAAACUCUUAGCUUUAUAGCUGACUAUUUAUGUUAAUUUUAUUAUAUUUAACAAACACUUUUCAUUAUAAACCAUUCAGUGUUCAUAAGCACAUUUAAAGUUCUUAGAAGUUCCCUAGCAACUUAAUCUGUUCAAUUUGGUUUAACCCAGUUUUUCUUAAACUUUUAUCAACAUGCAUUUUUUUUUUUUUGUUUGCUUUGUUUUUGUUUUGUUUUGUUUUGCUUUUUUGUGGAAAAAGUAGAAUCUGGAAAAAAAAAAAAAAAAGAGCCAAGUUUUUCCCGUGUCUUACUCUUUGAGUCUCCUUGUCUCCUUCAUUUUACAAAUUGUGGUGCUAGAGGAUAAGUGAUAGCCUGAGUAGCAUGUUCUAAUCAUGAAUGUCACUGACUUGCUGUGACCCAUUCCAGGUAACUUCCUGUCUCUGCCUCAGGGAGGGAACAGGAAGCAAUGAAGAGGCCUUGAAACUUGAGAAAAUACCACCUUCCUCCUUCAUAGUGGGGGUUAGUAGCUAUCAUGAGAAAUCCAUCUGGAACAGUCAUUUGGGGGCUGGGGACUCUGCACCAUGGAAUAAGCUGAACAUUAAGGCCUAGAAUAUGUCUGAACUACUGGAUGCUUGGAGACACUACUUUGUUAAAAUAAAGAUAUAAAAGAUAAA